CUGACUCACUCUCACACACACACGUGCGCUGGUGACGUUGUGACUAUAAUGGCGGCGGCGUCACUUCCCAUCCACACAAACAGCCUCCGCUGACAUCUCGCGAGGCUUGGGGUGCGCGGCGGGCGCUCUGACGUCACUGCACGGCUCAUGGCGGCGGAGGAGGUGACGCUGACCGUGCGGCUGGUCCGCUCCUUCCAGCACCGCAACUUCAGGCCCGUGGUUUAUCACCGCGUCAAUAUCAAUCAGACCGUGAAGCGAUUCCUCAGCUUCCUGCAGAAUGAUAUAACGUUACGAACCGAACUUCCACUGCCAUUUAAGAAAUACAUCUAUGACACGUUGAAGAUUAUUCACCAGGCACACGGGGCGAAGACAAAUGAACUUGUAAUGAGUUUGGAAGAUGAUGAUCAGUUGAUGUUAAAGGAGGAUAGCACUUUGAAAGCAGCAGGAGUGGCUCAUGAAACAGAACUGGCUUAUUUUAAGAAAGAAGAUUACGAAAAGUACAAAGCCAACCCCACAGUGGCCUGGUGACAAGACAAAUAAGAUUAUGUUAAAUUAUUUUUAAUGAGGUUAUGUGACACAUUCUGCAUGGAAAUAGAAUGAACAGAGCUCAUCUUCAUAAACAACAUAAAGGAACGUCAGCAGUUUUAAACUUUAAAACAAUACUAUUUAUUUGAAAGUUCUAAUGAUGCACUAAGUGUAUCUUUGUGUGACAUCACUAUGCUUCUGAUCUUUGCCAUUAAAGGAGAUGUUGAGUGGCAA